AUGCCUACGGAGUUUUCGCUGCAACUACUGCUGGAGGUCGCCAGAGAUAAGAGGAUCAAACACUUCGUGAAAGAACUCUACAUCUGCUGCUCAAUCUAUCAAGACUACGGUAGUCGAUAUACUACUCCAGUGGAUCCUCGAUUUGCAAGAGCAAACGUCACCAUCUCGUCGCCGCGCAUGUUACAAGAGGAUGAGAACCCAUAUCCCAGACCGACUUCAGCGGAAGAGGAAGCAACGAACGAAGCUGUCGAUCUUGUUCACAGAGGCUCUUUCCAAAAACAGCUUACUACCGCCUUGCAAUUGCUCAGGAUAACUUCGAUGGAGAUACACACAUAUUGGCAGAUGAGUUAUCCGCAAACGUCUUUACCCCUGGUAUUGGGACGAUCUCAACUCACACAACGCACCGGCAGGGAUCCACUCGAGAAACCUCAGUCAAAACUCAGACGUACAUGGGAUUACGCUUUUUUUUUGAACACGAUGGACCCAUGGAUAUGGUGA